UACCUUGACUGGGCUUGUACUUUUUUAAUAUAUAAAAAUGUAAUAUAAAAAUUGAGUAAGGCAGCAAAAGAAAAAAAAUGAUGAAAACAAUUCUUAACCGUUAAAAGAAUUAGGUAAACAAUGGAUUCAUGGUCCAUUCAUUUUUCUUAUAACCAAAAUAAAUUUGACAGGAAAAAUCAGAAAGGCAAAAGUAGUUAAGGAAAGACUUGAUGGUAAAGAAACUUGAGGAACAAGGCUAUUCAUAUUUAUUUAAGGUGAUGAGAGUCGUUGUUACCACCAACUAAUGUUUCAAUUAGGAUUUUAGCAUCACACCAGUAUGAGUUCUCCGCUUCUCAGCCGUCUCUCGAGGCUCCGUUUGAGGAAACCACCUGCGCUAGGAGUUAGACACCUGGGUGGCGCUCGGUUAUUGUCCGAAACCCCUCUAUGUCACAUCUACGGCGUUGAACAUUGUGGAGAGGAUCAGGUUAAAGGGAAUAUCGGUAGACUCAUGAUCACAGAUUUUUCUGGGCCUAGUUGUUGGACCAGGGUUUUGGAAAAGACGGUGCCCAUGGAGAUGAUGACAGAAAGGGGAACGAUGGGAGCAUCUCAUGGCUGGGUAUUGACUUGGAGAGACGGCUGCCCGUAUCUUGCAGAUGACCUCAACCCGGGAGCGUCGUCUUCAGCUUUCAGUGGAAUCACACUGCCUCAUUUCGAAACUCUUCCUCAUUGCCAAACAAAACUGGUAACCAACGUGGCCAUGUCAUCCUCCUCUCCUCGUGACGACUGCAUUUUGGCCGUCAAGUUCGCUGGACCUCAACUCAGCCUAUGCAGGCCCGGUGGGAAGAAUAACAAGUGGGUCAACAUCAAAAUCGAAUACCCCGGCUUCUCCUCCUCCCGAGUCAUCUAUUCAAAGAUGGAUAACAAGUUCGCCAUGGUGGCUUCUGGGGGCAGAAGCAUAGGAUCCUGGAAUCUUGUUGAUGAAACGUUUAAGGUGGAGACGUGUAGCGUUGUCCUUCCUGAGCUGUUGGAGUCAGAAUGGGAAGAAUUAGACUCGUGUUGCAAGACCGAAGAGUUGGUGGAGUCGAGAUCGACGAAAGAAAUGUUUAUGAUUAAGCGGUUCAGAAAGAGAAAUAACGAGGAGGGUUGUGGUGGGAGGAUGGAAGAGCAUAAAAUGUGGGUGUUCGAGCUACAGUAUUCAAAUUGGCGUUACACUCAAGACAUUGGUGAUCUCUGCAUUUUCCUCUCAAAGUCUGAGCCUUUCUGUCUCAAGGCUAGCUCCCACCAGAAAUGCAAAAACUCCAUCUAUUUCUUAGACAAAACCGAACGUGGAAUAUUCACUAUCGCUGAUAAGUGUAAGACUAGUAACUUCUCCAAUUUCACUGCCCCUUACUUCAUUCCACCUCAAUCUUACCUCAACGCUAGUCGUAGCAAGCCAUCUUCUACGUUUUUCUUUUAAUGUAGUAUCUUUUUUUUGCUUUGCCCGAAUGUUCUUCAAAAGUAUGUCUGUAUUUGAAGGUAAACUGCAUUACAUAUCUAAUGUAGGAGGUUGAGUUUGUUGUUCUCUUCUACCACAGACCAGUAUCUCAUUUUACAUGCUAAAUGAAACUGAUCAUGCCAAAGAGAAACAAUGUUGCCACAUGAAAGGAAAACAAGGGGGAUACAUUAGCCAGUGAAGAAUCUACUUGAUUACAUAAAAGCUCAUAUCCUAAACACACACGCAUAGAUAUCACAACACUUGACUUGAAUUGUUUUCAUAGUUUUACUCAUCACAGCUUCCAUUUUCUCGUACUCAAACUCCUUUGUCUUGAUCCCACAUUCCUCCUGCAUUGCCAUUACAAGGCUCUUCCUUCUGAAAGCUGCCCAUAUAGCGAAGAACACAAGCCCUGUAGAUCCAAAGGUCAUUACAAAGCAAGUCACAAUCUCCCAAGCCCUCGCUCUUCGCCUCGCCUAUAAGCUUCUCCACCAUAAUGGCCGCUCACCCUGGUAAUCUUUGCAGUUCUCUCCACAGUGGUUGGUUAUUGUGCCAAAACAUACUUCACUUUAAGUGUUUUCUAUUUUCUCCUUUUCCCUUCAUUCUUGUGUGUUAGUUAGUCUUAUCGCAGACUUGUUUUACUUCAGUUUCCAGCAGAAGAUGGCGACGUACCAGAACCUGAUAACGCAGUCAAUGUAUGAUAAACAACUAGACAGCGGCAAGGGAACGCUAUUACACUUGUGCGAUGACGUUAUUCAGCAAGAAGUAAAAGAGGUGAUGAUUUCCUUCUACAUACUAAUGGAGCAGGGGAAAGCUACCUUGGAGGAUCUGGAUCUGAGAUGUGAGGAACUGAUAAAGGAAGAGUUUGGUGAGAGGUGUAACUUUGAUGUGGACGAUGCAGUUCAAAAGCUAGAGAAGUUGGGGAUCGUUGCCCGUGACCCCAUUGGAAGGUACUACUGCAUAGGGCUGAAGCGAGCCAACGAGAUCAUAGGGACCACCACCGAGGAGCUUGUCCUUAAGGCCAAACAGGGCGUCACCCCUUCUUGAACUCUUACUACCUUCUCUUCUCUUCUUUAACAUUUGUUCUCUACUCAUUUCGCUAAAACUCAAAGUGACGAAUGUUUUGUCGGUUGUUUACAAAAUCCAAAUGCAACAAAUCAAUUCACCGUAAAUAAUUGUCUGAUAUGAACGCAUGCAAUAUACAAUAUUGAACUAUAUUGAUACGGGGCAAGCCUGAAGAAUUUUUAAGGAAGACCUACAAAA